CAUAUUCCUGUGAUAAUUUGAAUAACAAUACUUUGUUUGUCAAGAGGCAGUAUAAAAAGCUUGGGAAGCAUAUGGAAUCUCUCCAACGGUGACCAUGGGCAAGAUUGUUUUUUACGAGGACAAAAAUUUUCAAGGUCGUAGUUAUGAGUGCAGCAACGACUGCACAGACCUACACACUUACUUCAGUCGCUGCAACUCCAUCAGAGUAGAGAGUGGCUGUUUCAUGAUCUAUGAACGUCCAAAUUAUAUGGGCCACCAGUAUUUUAUGAAGCGAGGCGAGUAUUCUGACUACCAGAGAUGGAUGGGCUUCAGUAGCUGUAUUCGAUCCUGUCGCCAGAUACCAAUGUACAGGGGACAAUACAGAAUGAGGAUCUAUGAGAAGGCUGAUUACGGAGGUCACAUGAUGGAAUUCAUGGACGACUGCCCCUGUGUGUCUGACCGUUUCCACCAUCGGCAUGUGUACUCCUGUAAUGUGAUGAAUGGCUACUGGAUCUUCUAUGAAUAUCCCAACUACAGAGGGAGGCAGUACUUCUUAAAACCUGGGGAAUACAGGAGAUACCGAGACUGGUGUGCUACCUGUGCUAUUGUGGGCUCCUUCAGACGAGUCAAUGAUUAUUAGCCAUUUGCCAUUAUUCUGCUUGCACUAAUUUCUACGAACUGUUAAUAUCCUGUUUAUAAGCAUAACUGUUUAUAAACAUUUUGAUUUUUCACUUCUUGUGCCUGGAUAUAAAAUAAAUAAAUGAUAUUUGUAAUAAAAAA